CGCUUGACGGACACCCUCACCCUAUAUUGGACUACGACGGUCAAGUAUAUGAUGUAGGGGUGGCAUUUGAAGCCGAAGGGUAAUAAAUUAGUAGUUGAGGCACAUGAAUUGGGAAAAUCUGGCAACUAGAUUUGGGAGUUUGGAGGGUGUUCUGUACGACACUUGCGAGGAGAGUGAAAGGAUAUUCCUAGAUUUGGUGGUGCUGUCAAUUGGGACCCCGAGGAAACUACCAUGCAAUUUCCUCCCACGCAAAAGCUUCACGUAAUCACGAGUCCUCUUCUCCUCGCAGCUUCAUUGCAAGUCCCAUCUUGGUUUUAUUCUGAAUUAAGUUUUCUUUUCAGACUAAUUUCAUAGCCUUGCACUCUAUAUAAGCAGGUACAUGCUAUUUAUUUCCAUGAAACAAUCUAUUCUUGUUUUCCAAUGGGGGCGGAAAUAGUUCUCAAACCAGCAAGGUGGUUCUCUAACAGGAGUCUCAGGUUAAGUCUCCAUAGGCGUUCACCCAAGUCCAGCUCGGCGUCAAGCUCUCCUCCCUCCCCUUCGUGUUCCCUUCAGCCGAAAGGUAACGCAAAGGAGGAUGAGCUGAAACAAGUUUUCCGACAUUUUGACAGCGACGGGGAUGGAAAGAUCUCAGCACUAGAGCUUAGAGCCUAUUUUGGAUCCAUUCAAGAAUACAUGUCACACGAAGAGGCUCAAGCAGCGAUCAAUGAUCUGGACACGGACGGUGACAACCUGUUGGACUUUCAGGAUUUUGUGAAGCUGAUGCAAAGGGAAGACGGGAAUCAGGAGGAUCUUAAAAGGGCCUUUGAGAUGUUCGAAUUGGAGAAGGGGUCUGGGUGCAUAACCCCCAAAGGCUUGCAAAGGAUGUUCAAUCGCCUGGGAGAUGAGAAAUCCUACGACGAGUGCGUCGCCAUGAUUCAAGUGUUCGAUAUAGAUGGCAACGGAGUGCUGGAUUUCCAGGAGUUUCAUCAAAUGAUGGCUUAACAUCAUAUUAAAUAAAUCAAAACAUAAAAAGACACCUCAUCAUCGUACCUGUCCUUAUUCGGUAUAGAAUUGAAGAAAAUAGGCUUGCUGUUUUUUGUUGAUUAAGAAGUGUAGUUUGUAAAUAGAAUACGACUGUUGCUUUGCUUGAUAUGUUUGUAAUUAAUCAUGGUUUAUGUGUA